CCUGCUGAUGGUAGUUGAGGCCACUAAGGGCGAUCAGUGCCCUCAGGGCCCUUUACAGGGCCUUUCAAAGAGAGCAGAGCUUUUUGUAGAGCUCUCAUCAACAUGGAACCUCAGCAGUGAAAGGGAGAGACAUCCCAGGUCCUGGUGCUCUGAGGUCUCCCAGAAGGAAUUCCCUGUGGCUCCUAUUCUUCCCCUGCCCUGUCCUUACAAGACAGAGGGAACCCCAAGAGCAGGCACAAGCAGGUGGAAGGGGCCUCAGAGAAGGAGAACUCUUGUGCCUUGUCACCCUGUGUAUCUGCCCAAAGCAGCAGAGAGGUUGCCAUGGUUUUUUCCAGCUACACUGCCAUGUUCAGAUCACUGUUUUUGGUGCUGGUUCUAGCACUCACUGUAAGGAGCUCACCCCACAAGAAGGUGGUUCACGCUCAACCCAGAAAGGCCAGUGCCUCUGUGAGGCUGAGUGAAGAUUGCCUGAACCAAAGGGAUCUCAAAUUCCCCACAGCAGUGGAAGUCAGCAUUCGUAUCAGCAAGUCACAUCAUGCCUUUAGGAUGGUCCAUGAUAUCAGGAACCGAUCUCUUGCUCCUUGGGAUUACAGGCUCGACAAGGAUCCCAACCGCUUCCCCCAGGUGAUUGCCGACGCCCAGUGCCGCCUCUCUGGCUGUGUGAGCCCCCUGGGGCAGGAGGACCGCAGCCUCAACUCCGUGCCCAUCAAGCAGGAGAUCCUGGUCCUGCGGCGGGAGCAGCAGGGCUGCCGGCCCACCUACCGCCUGGAGAAGAAGGUCAUCACCGUGGGCUGCACCUGCGUCACUCCAGUCAUCCACCACCACUCCUAGGAGGAGUUAUUAGGGCAGGCGACACUGGGAAGAAGCAAUAUAUCCUAUAGACGCCCCUCUGGUGAAAUCCCACAGUCGCCCACCGCGAAUCCCAGGAAUUCAACACGACAUCGCCCUUCCAAACCUGAGCAAAUUACCUCUUGAA